AUGGCCGAGCCGUUCACCAUUAUUGGUCUUCUUGGCGUCGCCGCCCAGUUCAUUCAGCUCGCCGUUGACUUUGGCUGCGACUGGAAAGACGUACCUGAGGAUACAAUAGCACUCAUCACCGAACUCCAAGGCCUCAAAGCUGUGCUAUCGGUAACACACAUCAACAUACUCAUUCAUCAUGACUUGCGCGAUGCCUUCCUGGGUCGUCGAGCAGUGAAUCUUUCCCAACCCGGCAUCGGUGAUCCCAGUACGACCACGGCGGGAAUGGUAUCAUCGUGCAAGGCAGGACUCGAAGAUCUUGUCAAAGCUUUGAGACAAUGUGAAAAGGGCCAUCGCGUUGGCUGGCAGCGCAUCAAAGGGGCGUUUAAUGCUAAACCGACACGAGACAAAGUUAAAGACCUUCACCGCCGAUGCGAGAUCUUGAACAACAUGGUAUCAAUCAACUUUCAAGCCGCGACCUACAAUGAAGCCAAGGCAAUAAGAGAGGAGCAGCGAGACUGGCGCCAAAGCGAAGAGAAUAAAGAAGUGCUAGCCUGGCUAUCCGGUCUGAGCUUUGAGGACACACACCGAGCUGUCCUUACCAAGCGCCAUCCCGAUACAGGACAGUGGUUCCUGAAUAGGGAUGAAUUCAAGCAGUGGCGAGACAGUCAGUCCAAUACGACUUCGGCACUUUGGUGUCCUGGGAUGCCCGGAGCCGGGAAGACGGUCAUAAGCUCAGUUGUCAUUGAUCAUCUACGGCAGCAGUGCAAUGAUUCUACGACAGGCAUAGCUUUCGUAUACUGCGACUACAAAGACCGGCUGAACCAGACCCCAAGCAACCUACUCUCCAGUCUCGUCAAACAGCUCGCUAAACAAAAGCAGGUCUUGCCUAAAGAGGUCAAGGACCUUUAUGACAAGCACGGAAACAAGGAAACCUUUCCCUCUCUGGAUGAGUAUUCCACUCUGUUUUCGCAACUUGUGGCCUCUUUCGGCAAGACUUUCAUCAUCGUUGAUGGUCUCGACGAACAUGUUGGAGAAGAGGAUGAUGGUUCCAUCAACAUGGAGUUCGUUGACCGGAAUGUUGGUCUCUCCGUAAACACCGCCCCUCUUGCUCUGCGCUUACUAAACACCGGGUUCUUACUCGCACAUCUUCAUGUGGAUCAACUCGGGAGGCAGACAAACAUACGAGACCUCAGGAGAACCCUGAAUGAUUUGCCCAGACCAAGCAGAAUCAACAGCCUCUAUGAGGCUAUCAUGACGCGAAUCAACAGGCAACCAGAAGGGGAUAAGAAUCUUGCGUUGGAAACAUUAAGCUGGGUCGUUAGGGCGCGUCGACCGCUCCUCUUAAGCGAGCUACUCAUUGCGCUUGCUCUCCGCCCCGGCGAUGAUGACCUAGACAAAGACUCAAUGCCUGUUGAUUCUCUGAUUGCUUCGCUCACAGCCGGACUCCUCACCAUGGAACCGACAUUGACCGGUCAAGACAAAACAGUUCGACUAGCACACUUCACGGUUGCCGAGUACUUCAAAGACGAGGGAAGUCAAUAUCUCAUUUACACAGAGGACCAUUUGGCAGAGACUUGCCUUAACUACCUUUUAUUUGAGGACAUGGAGCCAGACCUUCCAAUGCGUCAGCCCAAUCAGCGAUAUGGCUUCUACGACUAUGCCGCCAAUAACUGGGGACACCACGUUCAAGCAGCCUCCACCAUCGACCAGAAUUCGGUCAUGAAAUUUCUCAGAAAUGAAGCCAUGGCCAAGACCUGUUGCACAGCUUUAAACGAAUAUCUCAACUGGCCCGAAUCCAAGCCAUUAUAUCUCACGGCACAUUUCCAACUCGAAGAAUCAAUGCGUACUCUUAUCGCAGAAGGAUGCGACAUCAACGCCGCAACCCCCAAUGGAUGGACCCUCCUGUUGUCCUUUGUGGAAAGGGGCCAAGAGGCUGUUGUCAGACUUCUCCUCGACAACGGCGCCGACAUCAGCCCCAGAGCCACGCAAGGGAACAUCACACUGAGAGAACCACUCGCGAUUGCUGCAGAGCAGGGGAACCAGACUAUGGUUCGACUUCUUCUUGACCACAGUGCUGAUCCCAACGCCGAGGUCCAAGGCGGCCAAGAAAUCCGAAAGGAAAGGACUUUGCCGCUUGUGAAUGCUGCAAAGAACGGGCACGUUGAGAUUGUGGAGAUGUUACUGGGGACGGAGGGCAUCCGUAUCAACGAAAUGGUUGAAGGUCGCAAGACAGCAUACUAUUGGGCCAUGGUGAGAGGACACGGCGAGGUGACCCAAUUGUUACAGAGCCGUGGUGGGGCUAUUUGA